AUGUCCUCAAUCCAGGCUCGUGAGCCGUCAAUUCUUGAAAUAGCAGAUCCUAGACCGACGACCUUGGAAGUUUACGAUAGCGACACAGAUAGUAGUGUUACGCUUGACCAUGACUCGGACGGGCCUGACUAUGCGGAUGACGUGGUGGUCAUCUCGGACAAUCGUCCCCGAGACCCAACGCCCUUUUUGCUCAGCACAAAUGCAGCGGCAAACCUGCGCGAGCUAGUCGACCUUACCCUUCCAACAUUUCAAGCUUUUGAUGAGGACGAUUACUGCACAGACGAAGAGUUCGAGCUGCUCCUUCAAAGUUGGCAGCUGCAUACCCCAAGCCCAAGAGUGACAACACCGGUCGAUGAAACCCGUGCGACAACAGUACUCCCUGUUGAGGAAGUAUGCAUAGACGGCAUACUAUAUAAACCAGGACAGUCACUCGAGCUUUAUGACGGGUCAUAUCUUCGAAUCUGCACAGUUCUGAAGGAUAGCAUGGAUGCAGUUUCUUUCAGUGGCCGCCGGCUCCUUAAAACUAGAAACCAUGCCGGAACCUACGUUCCUAAAGAGCGGAACGAACUAGUCUGGAUUGCCAAUGCCACGGAAAUUAUACCAUUUCAAAUGGCCAAAAAGUUCGUCAGUAUGAACUUCACCAACAUUUGCGCAAUCAGAGGCGAUCCCCAGAAACUAGUGAAUCCCAACCACCUUUGGUGUCGAUUGAAAGAGACUUUGGAGGACGGAGAAGUGUCCAUAGAAUAUGUAUCCUUCGUCGAAGCUGACGAAGGGCAUAAGAUUGAACCCGCUAUAUUACGACAGCUUUGGAGGGGAAAGAGUCGGGCUUUUGGCGAAGAAGACCGCCCUAGAGAAAGCUCCCCUGUAAUUGUGCUAGACAAUCCUGACCCUGUUAUUGACCUCACCUGUUCAGAAAGUGUGGACGAGCAAAAGAGGCGGCGACAGUAUACCUUCGGGGAUGGUUUCUGUGGUGCUGGAGGGGUUUCAUGUGGUGCUCGCCGAGCCGGUCUUUACAACAAGUGGGCAUUCGACAACUCCGAACACGCAACCUCUACCUAUCGGCUUAAUUUUGAGCAUGCAUAUUGCGAACUGAGUGAUAUCUUCAGCUUCUUAACAAGCAAUGAUGAGUUUUUGAGAGUAGAUGUCAGUCACAGCUCGCCGCCCUGUCAGACAUGGUCAUCUGCUCAUACAAUAGAGGGUGCGAACGAUGACGCAAAUUCGGCGUGUGUUUUCUCUAGCGCAGAUUUAAUUAGACGGGCUAAGCCUCGAGUGCACACGAUGGAGGAAACAAAUGGAUUGCUUGAUCGGCACCGUGAUACGCUUCACCGUGUUAUAAACGACUUCAUUGAAAUUGGAUACUCUGUCCGUUGGGGUAUCUUGCGACUUCUCGAAUACGGAGUCCCGCAGACCCGAAAAAGGCUCCUCGUCAUUGCUUCUGGACCUGGAGAGACCCUGCCGCCUUUUCCGCGACCCACCCAUGGUCCAGGCUUGGGUGAAUACCCUACCAUUAGCCAAGCUAUUCAAAAUAUUCCCUUAGGGGCCCCAGAUCAUGAUGUACAGGCAGCGCUAAGUCGCGGUAGAAGGAACUUUACCAAUCGGGAGCUCGCCUGUUUACAGACUUUCCCCAGAAACUUUCGAUUUGGACGCCGACAGGUCCGGAAACAGAUUGGGAACGCGGUUCCCCCUCUGCUAGCUGAAGCUAUGUAUAGGGAAAUCAUUCGGACACUCAAAAAAACCGAUGAGGAUGAAGCUAGCCGGUGA